UCUCUAUCACCCUCCAAUUUUCAGUACUAUUCUCCCUAUUUUCUAGCCACCUUAAUUGAAUUUUCUGCAAACUCCAAAAGUAAAAGAUGCAGACAUAUGUAUCUACGCGUACAGAAACCAGAAGAUAAUUGAUUUGGCGUUUAUAUUGGGGUCAUGAGUGGAGCAGUAAUAUCCAUCAAACAAAUGCUCAAAAUCACAUCGGCUUAGAUGGAGAUCUUAGUUGGUAUUCUUAACUUGUGCUCAUUGGUUGGUUUGCUUUUAUCCGACAAGAUCUCUGAUCUCAUCGGCCGGCUUUACACCGUCGUCCUCAACGUUCCUGGUAGGCGCAAUCCUGAUGGGAUUCGCACCCUCGCUUUCGUUCCUCAUGAUUGGAAGAAUAGUUGCGGGCAUCGCGCUGAUGAUAGGUCUCGUUUACGUGGCCGAGUGCUUUCUCCGGCUAUGUCUCGUGGCUUGCUGUUGUCGUUACAGGAGAUCUUCGUCACCACUGGAAGAAGAAGGGCAGGGGAGUGCUUUGGAGAUUUUGGGAAAUUAGGGUUUCGUAGUGAUAUUAAUAAUUUUCUUAUGAUAUUAAAAAAAUAAUAAUAAUAGUACGGAUUCACAACUUGAAAAAGAAAAAAACUAUUAAAAUCCCCGAAGCCUAAUUUUUUCUAAUUCCCCAAAGCAACUGCUAAUAUAGUAUUUUGCUUAUUAGCUUAAAUAAAACCCAGAAAAUUAAUCACCCCACCCAAAAUUUUUGGACAUUAUAGACGACUUUAAAGCAGAGGCCCUACUCAUAAAGAUAGUGUUCUGAAUUUUUAUAUCCAAAUUUAUAGCUAGCUUAAUUAAUUAAAAUAUCUAGUACUGUAAACACGAUAAGAAGAAUUAUAAAUAGCAGCUAACAAGAAGAAAUGCAAGACAAACAUCAAGUUUACAAUGGCAAGUUUUCUUACCUGUAGCUUGCUUUUGCUGCUAAUGUUCUCGUUUUCCUUCCAUACAGAGUCAAAGAAUUCUCGCCGGGUCUACCUUGUCCAUAUGAAAGGUGGCUCUGCUGAUAAAUAUGCAACAAGGUCUUCUCAUUUUGAAGUUCUUGAGGAAGUUCUUGACGGGGACAGCACAGUUUCGGAAUCACAUGUUUAUAGCUACAAAGAAGUCUUCACCGGGUUCGCAGCCAGACUCACCGAACAAGAAAAGGAAAACUUGGCAAGAAUGGACAAUGUAGUGGCUGUUUUCCCUAGCAGAAGCUUCCAGCUUCAGACAACCAGAUCAUGGGACUUCUUAGGAUUCCCAACCACUAUAAAACGACUACCUGAGCGCGAGAGCAACCUGAUUGUAGGUGUCUUUGACACCGGAAUUUGGCCGGAAUCUGAGAGUUUCAAAGAUGAAGGGUUUGGUCCUCCUCCUAGGAAAUGGAAGGGAAUCUGCCAAAACAUAACUUGUAACAACAAACUCAUAGGAGCCAGGUUCUACUACACUGGAGAUAUAGCUCUGGCUGAGGAAAGAUCAGUGCUUGACAUUAAUGGACAUGGAACUCAUACAGCUUCCACUGUAGCAGGAAUGGAGGUGGAAAAUGCAAAUUUCUUUGGACUUGCAAAAGGGACAGCUAGAGGUGCAGUUCCUUCAGCUAGGAUUGCAGCAUACAAGGUUUGCUGGAAAACAAUUACUCAUGACACAUGUGAAGAACAGGAUUUUCUAGCGGCUUUCGAGGAUGCAAUCAAUGAUGGAGUGGACAUGAUGUCGAUUUCAAUUGGUUCGAAUGAGACCCAGCCGUAUGUUAAGGACACACUUGCUAUAGGAGCUUUUCGAGCCAUGAAAAGGGGCAUAUUGACAUCUGCUGCUGCAGGAAAUUUUGGUCCUACUCCAUCAACAGUCACCAAUGGAGCACCCUGGAUUUUGACUGUUGCAGCAAGCACAAUUGAUAGGAAACUAGUGGCCAAGGUGGAGCUUGGAAAUGGACGAACAUUCAUGGGAAAUACCAUCAAUGGCUUCCCCACACAAGAAUCUUUUUUCCCGAUUCAAUUGGGAGAAGACGGCAAUCACAACCAUCUCAUUGACAAUUCAACAAAAGGAAAGAAUAUAUUUGCCCAUGCAACACUUACAGUGAUUCUUGCAGAUGAUGUUGGUGCUCAAGGAGUAAUUUGGAGCAAUGAUGCAUUUAUAUUUCAAUCAUGCCCACUUCCUCUACCUGGUGCCUGCAUGUCCACAAGGGAUGGUGAACAAGUAAAGAAUUAUACAGAAGAAACCAAAAAUCCAACAGGAAAAAUACAUCAAAGCAUAGGCAUUCAUGAUCCAAAAGCUCCCAUUGUAGCUGACUUCUCAAGUAGGGGACCUGUUAAAAUUAGUCCAGACAUUCUUAAGCCAGAUAUUACUGCUCCAGGAGUUGAUAUCUUGGCAGCAUAUUCCCUGAGAGCAAAUCCAACACCUUUCCCAAAUGACAAACGCCACUCACCAUUCAAUAUCAUCUCUGGAACUUCCAUGGCAUGCCCUCAUGCAACUGGAGUUGCCCUCUAUCUCAAGACAUUUUACCCUUCAUGGUCUCCUUCUGCCAUUAAAUCUGCCCUAAUGACAACUGCAUCUCCCAUUAGUUCUAAAGAAAACCCAGAUGCUGAAUUUUCUUAUGGAUCCGGACACAUAAAUCCACUCAAAGCACUUAAUCCUGGCCUAGUUUACAUGACAGAAGAGAAUGAUUACAUAAACUUCUUGUGCAACAUUCUGAGCGAUGAAGAAGUAGAGGCCAUAUCUGGAGAAAAAGUCAACUGUUUAAACAGUAGUACAUCUGCAAAGGACCUUAACUACCCUUCAAUGUCCGUUAAAGUGGCGCCAUUGAAACCCUUUAGUGUCGUGUUUCCAAGGACUGUCACAAAUGUAGGGGAAGCUAAUUCCACCUACACAGCAAGUAUCCAGUCACCUUCUAAUUAUAAGCUGAAUAUCAGUGUUGAACCAAAUGUGUUGACAUUCAAAUCUUUGGAUGAAAAACUUGGGUUCAAAGUGAAAGUCUCCGGUGGACCACUUGAGGUUGGUGACAAGAUCUCUGCUUCAGUUGUUUGGUUAGAUGGAAAACACAGUGUAAGGAGCCCUGUUUUCAUAUAUGCCUAAAUAAAUUUCAAAAGAGUGCUUCUGGUUGGUGAUUAUGAAAUUAAUCAUAUUUGUAAAACUACUUUUAGUUAUCAAUAAAUUAUAUGUA